GGACCCUCGCUACACAAUUGACAGUGCGGUACAUUCAGGCUUCAGCGAGAGAGAGCAGAGACAAAAUGAAGAAGACUUGAAAAUAAAAACUAAAUAAAAAAAUGAGAAAAAUAAGAUGCGAUUACCGAUGCCUUCUUCUGAUAGCAGCCGUAGUCGCAUUCUUCUACAUCCAGAUGCGGCUAUUUGCGACGCAAUCAGAGUACGCAGAUCGGCUUGCUGUUGCGCUUGAAUCAGAGAAUCAUUGCACUUCUCAAUCGCGAUUACUUAUUGAUCAAAUUAGCAUUCACCAAUCCAAUAUUGUUUCUCUUCAAGAACAAAAUAGACGUCAAGCCGAAGAGUGUAGACAGCUCAAGGCGCUUCUCGAUGAUCUUGAAAGAAAAGGCGUUCGAAAAGUGGUUGACAAGGCACAGGCACCAGUGGCAGCCGUUGUGAUCAUGGCCUGCAAUCGUGCUGAUUAUUUACAACGGACAAUUGAGUCUAUUUUGAAGUAUCAAAGCUCUGUUGCUUCGAAGUAUCCACUUUUUGUGUCUCAGGAUGGAUCAGACCCAAAUGUAAGAAGCAAGGCUAUGAGUUAUGAUCAGCUAAUGUACAUUCAGCACUUAGAUUCUGAACCAGUACAAACAGAAAGACCUGGGGAAUUGAUUGCAUACUACAAGAUUGCAAGGCAUUACAAAUGGGCAAUGGAUCAAUUAUUCUACAAGCAUAAUUUCAGCCGAGUAAUCAUACUUGAAGACGAUAUGGAAAUCGCCCCUGAUUUUUUUGAUUACUUUGAGGCUGCUGCAGCUCUUCUUGAAAAGGAUAAGUCCAUCAUGGCUGUUUCUUCAUGGAAUGACAAUGGACAAAAGCAGUUUGUGCAUGAUCCUUAUGAACUUUAUCGGUCAGAUUUCUUUCCUGGACUUGGCUGGAUGCUGACUAAAUCUAUUUGGGACGAACUAUCCCCUAAAUGGCCAAAAGCUUACUGGGAUGAUUGGUUGAGAUUAAAGGAGAAUCAUAAAGGUCGACAGUUCAUUCGUCCAGAAGUAUGCCGAACAUAUAACUUCGGUGAGCAUGGCUCAAGUUUAGGGCAGUUUUUCCAGCAAUAUCUCCAGCCUAUUAAACUGAACAAUGUAAAGGUUGAUUGGAAGGCAAAGGAUUUAAGCUACCUGACAAAGGACAAUUAUACAAAGCAUUUUGCCGACAUUGUGAGAAAAGCUAAACCUGUCCAUGGAACUGAUGCUGUUCUUAAGGCCUAUAAUAUAGAGGGUGAUGUGCGUAUCCAGUACAGGGACCAACCAGACUUUGAAUGGAUUGCACACCAGUUUGGUAUUUUUGAAGAGUGGAAGGAUGGAAUACCAAGGACAUCAUUUAAAGGAGUAGUUGUUUUCAGAUACCAUACAACAAGACGUAUAUUCCUUGUUGGUCCAGAAUCUCUGAGGCAACUUGGGAUCGAAGAUGCUUGAGACCAUAUGAAAAGAGAGAUCAUGCACUGUUAGUUCCAUUUAGUUUGUUUUUUAUCUUUAAAUUAACGGAGCUCAAAGAAGGAAAUGUGUGUAAAUUUGGGUCGUCAGAGAUACACACACUCAGGCUACACACCGGAGCCAGCCAGACACGAGCGUAGUUGAUCCUAAACGACAUAAAGGAAUCUGCUUCUAUUGAACGUGCUUUUAUGGACCCUUGUGUACCAUCUUUGUGUCAUAUUUACAUCUGAUCAUUGUGUGAGAUGCUUAAUUCUCGUGCUCCUCGAUUGGUGGAAAUGCCCAUGAAUUUUGUAGUCUCCAUCAAAGACUUUGUUGUUACUAACGCUUUGCUUAUCCAAUACAUGCCAGAUGGUCAUUGACUUGCGACUGUCUCUUGAUUAA